CUUCAAGAUCCGCGGGAAAUAAAAAAUGGCGGUGGACCAAAUUUACCUGGAAAAUCUUGAUGAGUUUGUAAAUGACGAGAAUAAAGUGGUAACAUAUAAGUGGUUGAGCAGGACUUUAUCAGUACAUGUCAAUCAGGCUAAACAGAUGCUGUACACGUUUGUGCAGCAGCAGAGGAACAAGAAGGACAAUGACAAACUUUCCGUGUGUUAUUUCUUGUCAGGAAUGGCAGAGACACCUGAUGGUGGAAAGAUACUUAAAGCCAUGGUAGUUCCUGAGGAGAGCCUGGACACCAUGAAGUCCACACUGACCACUGUGACCAGCUGUCAUGUUUACAGUGUCCAGAAAGUGAAACUGAAAGACUCCAAUGCUCUCUAUAUUGCAGAUUAUGAUAAGUUGAAAGGGAGUUUGUUACAGAGCAAAGAGUUCAGUGCCAUUAGAUCAGAUGAAUGUAAACCAAGAUCUUUGGAGGAACUGGAAAAAUUAGAGGCAGCUUCGCAUCCAGUCAUCACAGAGCCACCUGCUAAGGUUACAACAAUGAAUGGCACCAGUGGUUCCAAGCCCAAGCCCAAACAGCCCACUGGCAUUGCUGGCAUGUUUUCUAAUGCCUCAAAGAAGAAGGAAGACAAAGAAGAAAACGAAAAGGAGGAAGGGAAAGGGGACCAAGAGCAAAAAGAAACGGUGGCAGACAAGGGGAAAGGAAAACAGGGUGGCAUAGGAUCUUUCUUCUCCAAACAACAAAAUAAAGAACCUUCAACUAAGUCGGAGACUACAAAAGUGGAACCCAGUGUUAAAAAAGACAGUGCAGAUGCCGUGAAACCACAGAGAGAUUUGAACAAAAAAUCGCCACCAAAGAGAGGGCAAAAAUCUAAGAAGACCAGGAAACAGGACUCAGAUGAAGAAGAUGCAGCACCCCAGAAGCAGAAGAGGAGGAGGAUACAAGUUGUGGAGAGUAGCAGUGAGGAAGAGGAAGAAGAUGAGGUCAUCCCCGAGAGCCCAGUCCCUAGUCCUGUCGCAGACAUCCCCAGCAGUCCUGAACCAGAGAAAAUGGAGGAAGAGGAGGAAGAAGAAAAAGUAGAGAAAGUAAAGAAGACAGGGAAUUCUCACGCUCAAUCCAGUAAUCAGCAUGAAUCCUCAGAAAAACACAGAGUGAAGCGACGCAAAAAAGUUACAAAUACUUACAUGGAUAAACAAGGUUUCAUGGUGACGGAGGAGGUUUGGGAGACGGCCUCCACGGAUGCCUCGGACAUAGAUGAGCCAACAAAACCUGCACCUGUCACAGCUCCUAAGUCAAAACAGGACUCCUCAGACAAGAGUGGAAACAAGGAUAAAAAGGUUCAGCCAACCAAAAAGAAAACUUCCCCAGACCCAAAACACAGUGGGAAGCAAACGUCACUGAUGAGUUUCUUCAAAAAGAAAUGACCUUAAGGAGAUGUUCAAGAAUCAGAAAUACAUGGACAUUUUCUUGCCAAGUCCUUUGGUAGUUGGCAAGAACAUUAGGAAACUUCACAAUUGAGGCAUUUUGGGGAAUACCUACACAGCUUUUCUGGAAAGUUCUACAGUGACCUUUAUAUUAUUGGGACAUUUCAAUUCUUCCAGUGCCUAUGUUCAGAAAAAGGUCCAAGUCCAAGCCACAAGCGUUAUCCAAAAUAUCCUAUAAACAGAUAGGAUUUUUCAGUUCUGGUGUCCAUGCUAAUGUCUUGUUGAGGGCAAUGUAAAGACUGAAAUAUGAAGUAGAUUUCUUUCUGUGCCUCAAGUUCUGUUCAGGAAAAGACUGGAAUGUGAAAACCCUUCCUUGUAAUGAAAGUUAACUGUCAUCUGGGGAAUUUAUAUAUAAAUCAUUAUCAUAAUGGGCUAAAGAAAAUUUGUUCUUAAGCCAAAUGAAGACAAAAAAA